GGGAGAGGACUCCAGCGGCUUGGGGACCUGCGCUGCAAAAUGGCUAUGGCAAUGGCUUCCUUCCCCGUCGCUUCUCACCACCGCGGCGGCCACCUGGCCGCAGGCUUCCCCUCCUCCCCGCGAGACCGCGGUAGGGUCGGUCGCAGCGGCGUCACCAUCUCCAUGAGAGCCCAGAAGAAGAAGAGCAGUGGUGACUCUGCGAGUAGCAGCGGAGGUGGAGGGGGAGGCGGAGGCGGGGACGGGCGGGCCAGCAGCGGGCGGCGAGUGUGGCGUCGUCGGAAAUUGACCAAAGAGGAUGACAUGUUGCGUUACAAGUUGGAUCGUAUCCCUUUCUUAGAAGAGAAGGUGAGAAAAGUAAGGGAGAAUGGGAAGAUCGUAUGCUUGGACAUUAAUCAGCUGAUGUUAUCUCAAGAGAAUAGAUUCGCUUUCACCAUGGAGGUGGCUGAAGAAGCUAAUGCAUAUCUUGAGAAGAACAGGCAUGAGUAUGGGUUGAAGAAACCUAUACUGCAUGUUCUCAGUGACCGCAUGAAUGAAGCUGGGUUUUCUCGGCCAGAGGGUUAUCUUUAUCCUUAUCCUAUCAAGCCCGGUCCUUAUUUCAUUAAAGAGGAGGGACACUGAGUUAGAUUACAUGUUACUUGGAUGCACAAUCUGGGAGCCUCUUUUUUCAGAUAGAAGCGGCCCUGGGAUCGGAGGGCUUUUGGUCAUUCUGUAAAUCAAGAAUUCUCUGCAAUAUAUUCCGUAAGAAAAUGCUCGGAAAACUCAAAGUUAAGAUGCCAAAUCUCUGAAGCAUCGCAAGAACAUCUCUAGGUGAAUGAGCCUUCCUUUUCUGUUUGGGCGGCUGUCUGUUGCUUCGGUGCUGACAGGAAGCCAUAUUGCUCAAGCAAGCAGAAUGAUGAUCUGAAGUGCAAAACAAUGUGAAAGCAGCUCGGCAUUUCCUCAUCAGGACAUGAUAAAUCAUAGGGUCCAUUUGGUCCAUGCUGUUGUUCCCAUGACAUGUUGUAACGAUAUUUCAAUGGAUUCGCCUCGGGACUACUGCUACGAGCUGGCAGGAAUGUACGCAGUGAAGGUUUGCUUCUACUCUAUGAAACAAAUCGUAUUCUAAAGUCUUUAGCUUUUGAUAAGCUGAUCAA